AUGAAACAUGCUAGAUUUAAUAAUUAAUCUAAUUCUCCAAGAGAGAUAGGAUUGUUUAGAUAAUGUAUAAGGUUCUAGCCUAAAGAGAGAUCACCGUAACCGAAUGAGGAAGAUGCAAUGAUAUAUUCAAAACUUAGAAGAUUUGGAUUAGUUAGGGAUAAGGCAUUAAAAUAUUGUUUGGCUGAUCAUUGUAAAAUUGAUGCUUCACAAUGUAGACAUGGACCACCAAAUUUUAAAAUAUUUUAAACUUCUCUUGAUAAAUAAAAAAUAAUUAGAGGUUGGCAAAUGGUUGGAAAAUUGAAAGAAAGAAGUUCCGAGAAGUUCUAAAAGGCUAAGGGAGAUGAUGGAUUGAUGUAAUAUCGAAAUUAAGAAGAAUAGAAAAAAUUUGAAAGGCUGAAAAACUAUUUCUUAGGCUUAAGCAAUUCCAGUAAAUAAGUAAAACUUCCAUAAUUUCAAAUGGGAAAUGGAAAAGAUCAUUACUUUGAAUUAGCAGACUAUUAUGAGUAAAUAAAGCCAUUGUCUAGAACAUUAAUAACUGAUACAGAAUCAUUUGAUGAUAUAAUACCAAAAUACAUAAGAGAAUAAUUUAGAAUAGAACCCAGAGUUUAGAGACCAGGUCUAAAAAGAACAGAUGAAGAGAAGGGAUUAAAGUCAAGAUUAAAGGCAUUAAAUGAAUUGAUAGAGACUUAUAGAGAAGCCGGAAGUCCAAAUGAUCCUUCGAUUGAAAUUGUAUUAUUGGAUAGCUAUGAAGAUGUUAGAGUAAUUUAAUCCAAAAGCUGAUGAUGAAAGACAACGUUAAGAACUUCCAAGUAUAGGUUUAUCAAAAGAGUAAAUAUUUAAUGAGGAAGGAAGUGCAACUGCAAAAAAGAGAUGCAGUGUUUUAAGUCAUAGAUAUUCUAAGUUUUAGCCAGGAGAAGAAUAAAGAAAAAAUUAAUAAUUUUAAUAAAAACUUGAUAAAUUAGUCACAAAAGUUAUUGGUAGGAUAAAUUGUAAAUUUGAUGGAACUUUAUUUGGUAAAGAUUUCUUAAAUACAUGAUAAUGUCUUAAUUAUAUUUAAAUUAUUAUUAUAAUUAAUGAGAGAAACAGCAUUUAGUUCAUCUCCAUUUGAAAAACCAAACAAAUUAACAAGUGGUCUAUUUAGAGAUUGUUAAAGAUUUAUUCCUAGACGUAAGUUUACUGAAGAAAACUAAGAAAAUGCUACUGUAUUUGCAAAAUUAAGAAGGGCUGGUUUAGAUAAGAAAAAAGCACUUAAAUAUUGUUAAGCUUAACAUUGUAAAUUGGAUACUACUUAAAAUGAAUUUGGACCACCUGGUUAUAAGAUAUUCAAAUAAAAUUAUGAUCCAAUAAAGUAAUAUUAAGGAUGGUAAUUAAAUGGUAAAAUAAAAUUAAAAGAUUAAUUUGAAUAUGAAAGAAUAAGUAAAGAUAUUAAUUUAGGUUUGAGAUAACAACCAAAUGAAGAUUUGUAUUAAUUGUACAAUAGACUAGCUGAAACUCAUAGAAAAACAGAAGAAAGAUGCAACUUUACUGAGCUUUCUAGAUAAGAAUUAAUAAUGAAAUUGAGAUCAUUGACAAGAGAUGAUAAUAGAAAAUAUAACACUCCAAUAUACUAAUUAAGAAGACAUAAUGAAAUUUAUUAUGAAUUAGCUGAUUAUUUUGAAAAAUAAUAACCUCCAUAAAUUAAAUCUUUAGUUACAGAAUUAGAAGCGUUUGAUGAUAUUGUUCCUAAGAAAUAUAUAAAAUAAUUUUAUUUAGAGUAAAAAUCAACUGGGAAUAAAAAAAAGAAUUUAAAACAUGAAGCAAGUGAAAAAAUAUAAAGACGUUCAAGAAUUUUGAUGGAGUUGACUGCCUUAUUUUCUCCAGUAAAAUCUGAUAACUCGGUAUAUUAUUAAAUAAUUUAUAUAAGAAUAGAAGAUCUUUUUACACUAAAUAGGAUUAAAUGUGGUAAGUUCAGAAUGAUUCAGCAAUUACAAGUUUGUUAGAUAUGGAUGAAAGUAAUAAUAGUAGAAAUGCUGAAAGAAAUAGUAUAUUCGUAUUUCGUUUUGCCAAAGUCAAAUAGACAGAAGAAUAAGAAAGAAUUAAUUAAUUUUAAGACUCAUUGAAAAAAGUCAUUUAAAAAAAUAUUGAAAAUAUCAAUUACUCCAAAAAAUCAAAUAAAUACUUUAAUUGA